AUGGAUGGAGGGGGAGAGGAUGGAGGGAGAGGGAGAGGAGUGACGGAGGUCCAGGUCGACUGCAACGCGAAGGUGGAGGAGAUGGUGGAUGCUUUGGACUCUCACAUGGGUAUGCUCAUGAUGUCCACGUUCGAGUAUCCUGGGAGAUACACCCGUUGGAAGGUGGGUUUCGUAGAUCCCCCAAUCAUGAUCACAUCGCGCAACCUGACAGCCAAGAUCACUGCUCUCAACUCCCGUGGCCUCGUCCUGCUACAGGCUAUCAAGGACUUUCUUGCAGACAAGGCGUGCAUCGGCAAGGUAGAAUUGCGAAGGGAGGGAAAGUCUGAAUGGAUUCAAGUUGAGACGAGAAAUCUCAGGUUCACAGAGGAGGAAAGGAGCAAACAGCCAUCUGUCUUCUCACUUGUUCGCGAGAUCAUUCAGUGCUUCUUUUCGGAGCAGGAUCCUGAUCUCGGCCUCUACGGAGCAUUUGGGUAUGAUUUAACCUUCCAGUUCGAGCCAUGUAGAAUGCGACUGGAGCGACCAGACAGCCAGCGAGACGUCGUGCUUUUCAUCCCUGACUUGCUGCUGCUUGUGGGAUACGAUGAAUCUUCUGCAAAACAAGUCAGCUUCGACUUCACUUAUGGGGGGAAAAGCACAAAAGGAAUGCCGCGUGAGGGUCGAGCAGAAGAUUUCGUCGGGUCGAAGCCAGCGGUCAAUCGCGACCACAAGGAAGGAGAAUAUGCGGAACUUGUGACAAAAGCAAAGGAAGAGUUCAAGUGCGGAAAUUUGUUUGAGGUUGUCUGCUCGCAAACGUUCUACGAGCCCUGUCCUGAAAGACCUUCUGAGCUGCAUCGGAGGAUACGCGAGAGAAAUCCCUCGCCCUAUUCCUUCUUCAUCAACCUGGGCGCCAAGGAGUACCUGGUGGGAGCGUCUCCCGAGAUGUACGUGCGGAGCAAGGGAUCGCGCAUCGAGACUUGCCCCAUCUCUGGGACGAUCAGAAGGGGAAAGACAGCGAUCGAGGACGCGAACAACAUCAAAGAACUUCUUAACAGCAUCAAGGAGGAGAGUGAGCUCACCAUGUGUACGGAUGUUGAUCGUAACGACAAAUCGAGAAUUUGCAAACCAGGAUCUGUUCAGGUCAUCGGUAGAAGGCAAAUCGAAAUGUAUUCCAAGCUGAUACAUACAGUCGACCAUGUUGAGGGGGUUCUUCGUGAGGGCUAUGACGCGCUGGACGCGUUUCUCGCGCACACGUGGGCAGUGACGGUGACGGGGGCGCCUAAGGCCUGGGCGAUGCAGUUCCUUGAGGACCACGAGAAGACCUGCCGCGCCUGGUACGGAGGAGCGAUCGGACACGUUGGGUUCGACGGGAACAUCAACACAGGCCUCACCCUCAGAACCAUCCGCAUCAUCGAUGGUGUCGCACAGGUUCGUGCGGGAGCGACUCUCCUCUUCGACUCAGACCCACCGGCAGAGGAGGCAGAGACUGUCCUCAAGGCCUCCGCCUUCAUCGACGCCAUCCGUCGUCCCCGAGGAGAAGACUCGGCGCCGCACAAGAGCGAAGCGAAGAUGACGGGGGGGACGGGAAAGAGAAUCAUCCUCAUCGACCACCAGGACUCGUUCGUCCACACCCUUGCCAACUACCUGCGGCAGACGGGGGCUGAAGUUGUCACCAUCCGCUCGCAUCCGGGCAAGGUCGGUCUCGACGACAAGGAGAUCGACCGACUCGCCAAGUCUCGCAAGUUCGAUCUUGCCGUCCUGUCCCCGGGCCCUGGCAACCCCACGGACUUCCAGGUCCCCAAGACCAUCAAGGCCCUCGUGGACCGCAAGAUCCCGAUCUUCGGAGUCUGUCUUGGCCUUCAGGGCAUCAUCGAGCACUUCGGAGGUCAGCUGGGGGUCCUGCCAACACCAGUACACGGCAAGCCGUCGGAGGUGACGAUUAAGGGCGACAUGGAGGAAGGGAUUUUCUCGGAGCUUCCUCCCGAGCUGACCUGUGGGCGUUACCACUCGCUGCACUGCGUCAAACUCCCCGAGGAUCUCGUUGUGACAGCAGAGACAAGCGACGGAUGCAUCAUGGCAGUUCGGCACAAGACGCUCCCCAUCGCUGCUGUGCAGUUCCAUCCAGAGAGCAUCUUGACAUCUCCCGGAGCAGGAGUGCGCAUGCUUACCAACGCGCUGAUCCAUCUCAAGUACUGA